GAAAAUACCGCCAAUCUCAUUAAUCGAAGGGUAAUUUUAGUCAUUUAGCGCAGCCAGGCCAACCCUAAAAUCAGAGUUUCGGCCCAAUAUGCUCCAAACUAAAACGGGAGUAUUGCCUAACCUCCAAGAAAACGCCGCCUUAACAAAAAAUCCAAGGGCAUUUUAGUCACGAGGAAUUAUACCUGAAGCCCUAAGCCAGCUCAUGUCUUCUGCCUAUAAAAACAGAGAGAAACCUCCCUCAAACCCUAUAGCCCUCCAUAUUCCUCUCAGUGAGCUUUUGCUGCCUGCCUCCAUCGAUAUCUCAAUUCUCUUUGUCGCUUAAGUUUCAGGUUCAGGAUGGGUAAAGAAAAGACUCACAUCAACAUUGUUGUUAUUGGACAUGUCGACUCUGGCAAGUCCACCACCACUGGUCACUUGAUCUACAAGCUUGGUGGCAUUGACAAGCGUGUGAUUGAGAGAUUCGAGAAGGAGGCUGCUGAGAUGAACAAGAGGUCAUUCAAGUAUGCCUGGGUUCUUGACAAGCUCAAGGCUGAGCGUGAGCGUGGUAUUACCAUUGAUAUCGCCUUGUGGAAGUUUGAGACCACCAAGUACUACUGCACUGUCAUUGAUGCUCCUGGACAUCGUGACUUCAUCAAAAACAUGAUUACUGGAACCUCCCAGGCUGACUGUGCAGUUUUGAUCAUUGACUCCACCACUGGUGGUUUUGAGGCUGGUAUCUCUAAGGAUGGUCAGACCCGUGAGCAUGCUUUGCUUGCGUUCACCCUUGGUGUGAAGCAAAUGAUCUGCUGCUGUAACAAGAUGGAUGCCACCACCCCCAAGUACUCCAAGGCUCGUUAUGAUGAAAUUGUUAAGGAAGUUUCAUCCUACCUGAAGAAGGUGGGAUACAAUCCUGACAAAAUUAACUUUGUCCCAAUCUCUGGCUUUGAGGGUGACAACAUGAUUGAGAGGUCUACCAACCUUGAUUGGUACAAGGGUCCAACUCUCCUCGAGGCUCUUGACCAGAUUCAGGAGCCCAAGAGGCCUUCUGACAAGCCACUCCGACUUCCCCUUCAGGAUGUUUACAAGAUUGGUGGUAUUGGAACUGUCCCUGUUGGUCGUGUUGAGACUGGUGUUCUUAAGCCUGGUAUGGUUGUUACCUUUGGUCCCACUGGUCUGACAACUGAGGUUAAGUCUGUUGAGAUGCACCACGAAGCUCUUCAGGAGGCUCUUCCGGGUGACAAUGUUGGGUUCAAUGUUAAGAACGUUGCUGUGAAGGAUCUUAAGCGUGGAUUUGUUGCAUCCAACUCAAAGGAUGACCCAGCUAAGGGAGCUUCCAGCUUCACUUCCCAGGUCAUCAUCAUGAACCACCCUGGUCAGAUUGGCAAUGGUUAUGCCCCUGUUCUUGACUGCCACACCUCUCACAUUGCUGUCAAGUUCUCUGAGAUCUUGACCAAGAUUGAUAGGCGUUCUGGUAAGGAACUUGAGAAGGAGCCCAAAUUCUUGAAGAACGGUGAUGCUGGUAUGGUUAAGAUGGUUCCCACCAAACCCAUGGUGGUGGAAACUUUCUCAGAGUACCCACCUCUCGGUCGUUUUGCUGUGAGAGACAUGAGGCAGACCGUUGCUGUUGGUGUGAUCAAGGCUGUUGACAAGAAGGACCCUACUGGAGCCAAGGUCACCAAGGCUGCUGUCAAGAAGGGAGCCAAAUGAAUUGUGCAGGUUCAUGCUGGUGUUUCUUCGAAGGAAAUCUACUACAAUAAUGUGUCUGUUUACUUCUCUAUUGCUGCUUCUGCAGUUUCUUUGAUGAUUUGUGUUUUAUGUCGUAGUUUUCUGCCCUGUACGUCGUGUAGCCUUUCCCAGAAUUGGGUGCUCGACAGGCGGUGGCGAAUGCUGCUGUUUUGAGUCAUUUUGUUAAGUUUGGCUUUGAAUUGUUACUUGAGUAGCUGUACUCAAGGGUUUGUUUUUCGUUUAAGGAUAUCUGUUAUUGAAUAUUUUGGAUCUGUAGUAUUUUAUACUUUUAUUACUGUGUUCUGUUCCUCUCUGCUUUUAGACUGGCCGUGUUGCUCUCUUUUAGAAGAAGUUACUUUAUCCUUGUGUUAAAAUGACUGGCAACAAGUGAAACCUUUGGAAAAGAUGUCACGGAUUAUUUUAGCAUCUGAGGUCUUCAAAAAUAUUGAGAAUCUGUUUUUUAGUCAAUCGGUUAUUAAUAAUCUGUUUUUUAGCAUCUGAGGUCUUCAAAAA